AAAAAGCUGCAUUUUAUCUUUUAAUCAAAUAACCUUUUUUAGUUAAAGAAAAUUUUAAGAUUAUUGUUAUCUACAUUACUUUACAUAAAAAACGACACGACAACUUAGUUGUCACGUUUAGAAGGAAAAAAACAGGGACAUUUAAAAAUGGCAAACCUUUGGUUCACUCUUGCAGUUUGCGCUAUCUCUUUAGUAACAUUAUCAAGAGCUGAUGACGACUUAAAAUUUGUAAAAGCAAUUUGUGCUAAAAACAAUGAUAAUCUGCUGAAGGACUUGGCACUGUGUGAAGAUUCAUUUGGAUCAGACAAUAAACAAAGAGUAGCAAAAAUUUGCUAUGCCAGAGUAGCACCUGAGACUGGUGGGGACACAUUUGAAUUUUCAAAAAGAGUCUGCAAGGACCUCUCUCUUUUGGAAGCAGGUCAAGCUUGCUUUGAAGAGCAUAACCAAAGACCUGAUGAGUUUAAAGACUUGGAAAAGGGAUCUGCCUGUGUUUUCACCGCUUUCUUGAAGAACGGUGCAAUGGAUCUGCUAGGCAUUGGCUUUUAAGAAGA